UCUUUUGCUACAACUAAAUUAGUUCCAACUAAUACAAUCAUGACUUCAUGAGUAUACAGUAGUUAGCCAAAAAAAUAAUCUGAAAAGAUGCCCCACAAAAAAUACCAUUGUUUUACCGAGAAAUACGCAUCCUGUUUAUAAAUAGGCCCGACGCGCCGAACCUGACCGGGGUACCUGAGGCGCCAUCACCCCCAACCGAACCGAGCAGAGAAAAUGGCGGCGAUCUCCUCCACCGCCUACUUCUCCUCGCAGCCGCAGCUCCCGGGCUCCACCGCGGACCGUGACGCCGCCACCACCGCAAGCAGCGGGCUGGCGCGGCAGCCGCGCCGGAGUUGCAGCUUCGUGAUGGUCGAGGCGUCCUCCGGCACCGGCGGCGGGGUGGUCAGGACGAGAAGCCUCACCGGGGUGGUCAGGACGAGAAGCCUCACGGAGGACGACCUGGAGGAGCUCAAGGGCUGCCUCGACCUCGGCUUCGGCUUCGCGUACAGCGAGAUCCCCGAGCUCUGUGGGACGCUGCCCGCGCUCGAGCUCUGCUACUCCAUGACCCGGAGGUUCCUCGACGAGCAGAGGGCGCCGGGCAAGGAGCAGGAGAACGCGGCGACGCCCCUCCCGAAUUGGAGGAUCUCUGGACCUGGUGACGAUCCAGAGGAAGUGAAGUGUGUGCUAUGACGGGCUGGAGGUUGAAGAAUCUGCUUAUGUGGGUUUGGGAUAUGGGGGCACAUACUCCUCAGGUCCUGCUUCUGCUUCGUGGUAUUGAAGCAACAUAAGUGAUAACUGCUUCUGCAAAAGUUUGGAAAGGAGGAAUCAUGACCUUGGGAUUGCAGCGACGAGACUCGAUGCGAUCCAUGGUCUGAGCUUUUCUGAAAGAUUCGGAAGCUCAUCAUUCCUCAGGGUGGUCUGCAUAAUGCAGCGUUUGCAAAUGCAGAACCUGCUGGUUCUUUUUUGCCUUUCCCUUGUAACGAUCAUCAGGUGCUCUAAUUGUUUUACACCUGUAAUAAUGAACUCGGUGGGGUUUUAGGUUCUAAUCCAAGGGUUGGUUAGUUCCAAUGAUGCUUCAUUCUGUGCUACUUUGGUCGUGCCAUUUACAUGAACAGAUAUGUUGAUUACACUGUUUUACAAAUUUACAACAGGCAGAAAGUGCUUGGUUGCUUGGCAAGGUUCAGUCAUGUAAAACGAUCUAUAUGUUCAGCCUGGCUGCAAACGGAAUGAAAUUCUAUGAAA